AUGGGCCUUGGUGGAGGAACAGGCAACGUUUCCUUCGCCAGCCCCGCUUUCAGAGAGGAUUCUCAAGCAGCUCGCAGGGCCCUCUCCACAAAUGACUACCUGAGCCAGGAUGCCCCUUCUCCUUCUAGGCGCAGGGCUCAAUCGCCUUCUGAUGAUUCUGAUUCGGAUGGGCAGCCACUGGCUCAGAGACGUCGGCGCCGAGCCUCUCGCCCUGUGUCUAACUCAGGCCCUUCUUCUGUCCCUUCUCCUCCUCCAGCCUCAUUUGCCUCUCCUCCCCCUCCCGUUGUGACCCCACCUCCAAUCCCGAGCCAUGUAAAUGAUCCCCCUAUUCCGUCCGAUACUCAGGUCGAGCCCCCGUUGGCUCAACCUUCCACAUCGCAGCAAUCUCCGGGCGACGAAGCUGGCCCCUCAGAACGCCCUUCAGCUACCCCACCCUUAGCACCCCCUCGGGGGCCUUCUUCAGCUCCUUUUGGCUCACCUGCUGGGCCCUCAGCUCCUCUUGGUUCAGCCGCAGGGCCCUCAGACCACCCUCGCUUACUCAUCACUGUUACUAUACUACGGUCCCUUCCGAGGAGAGAUAUUUCCUAUAUGCCCCAGGCUUGCGCAGAGUCUCUGGUAGUGAACAAUUUCUUCCAUGCUAUUCAUUAUCAGAAUAAGGUGUUGCGGGACCAGGUUGCUGAACUGGAAUAA